CCCACCACCAACUCUGGUGAAACCACCACACCCACUGUGUGUGUGUGUGUGUGUGAGAGAGAGACACAGAGAAGUGGUGCGAGAUGGAGGACGACGCUCGAGCCCGAGGGCCACCGCAUGUCCUGAUACUCGGCUUGGUGGUCGGCUCAAUGCUGUUGUUGCCGUCCUUGUUAGGGGAAGGUGGUGCACUGGUCGAGAUGGUAUCCGAGCUACUCGGUCCUGGCAUGCUCAUGGCUCUCCCUAUUCUCUUGUUGCUUGCUAUACGCUUUCUCUCUUCUGAUAGAGCAGUUUUCGUCUCAAGUCUUUUCUCAGGAGGCGAGCCCAACUCGAUCCAUAGAGUCGGCGGCUCUCCUGUUGGUGUCGUCUUCAUCCUCAUACUCACCCUCCUCCUCCUCAACUACAAGGUCUCCUUGUUCGGUGAGGAUGAUUCAGAGGAAUAAUGGUCGAAAUCUUGCAAAUUUUUAGAGAGAAAGAGAUGGCCUGAGAUCUUUCAUGGAGAUGAGAAACCUCCGGCAAAUGCAAGGGAAUUGGGCCAGUACAGUUGUUGAUGUAAAAGAUAAUUAUCUUACUAGUUUUGUGGUGUACUUCUCUUUCUUUCUUUCUAUUUACUUUCAGAGUAAGAGCAAAAAAAUUUGGCGGCCCUAUGGGCCAUUCCCCAUGUGCAGUUGAAUGAUGAGCGUUGAAAGUUGGAAGUUGUGGUUUUGGCAUUGUCAAUUCGUGAUCGUCUUUUUGCACCAUGGCUUGUUGCGGGUGUUGGACUUUCUCUCU